AUCAAUGCCUCAUCUCGACAUUCUCUAUCAACAAACACUACUUCCGAUAAUUUAAACGUCUCAUUUCAUUAAGCGAUAUGACUACCCUCAAGCCCGGUGACAGCUUCCCCAGCGAUGUCGUCUUCUCCUACAUCCCCUAUACUGAGGAGUCUGGCGACAUCACUUCCUGUGGUAUUCCCGUCAACUACAAUGCCUCCAAGGAGUGGGCAGACAAGAAGGUCGUUCUCUUCUCUGUGCCUGGUGAGUGCAAUGAUGCUCUGUUUAUUGGUCAACACGUCUGUCUCAUUAUUCUUUCCAAAUCUUCUAGGCGCCUUCACUCCCACUUGCUCCGUGAGCCACUUGCCCGGAUACAUCAAGAACCUGCCUCAACUCAAAGCAAAGGGAGUCGACGUUGUUGCUGUCCUGGCCUUCAAUGAUCCCUUCGUGAUGAGCGCUUGGGGAAAGGCUAACAAGAUUACCGACGACUCAAUUCUCUUCUUGUCAGACCCCGACGCGAAGUUUUCCAAGAGCAUAGGCUGGGCGGACCCUGCCUCUGGACGCACUGGCCGUUAUGCCCUGGUCAUUGACCAUGGUAAGGUCACUUACGCUGAUAUUGAAACCGAGCGAGGUUCCCUCAAGAAAUCCGGUGCCGAAACUGUUCUUGCAUCUUUGUAGAUAUUUACAAAUGAGACGUAGCCCUGGUAGAACUUAGUAGAGCCGAGUUAGUUUCAUAUCUUCAUCUGAGAUCAUCUAGGUAGAAUGACACGAUUCUGCAGACAUUUUGUUUUGACCAAAGAUUGAAAAUUAAGAUUCGGAAGAAUGCAUACUUUGAACUUAAGUGUUCAUGUGUGGCCCG